AAUAUGCCAAUGUUCAACCACCAAUUUAUUAAUAACGAUCAUCAAAACGGUUCACCAUCAAGUAGUAAAGCUAGAAUCCCAGAUAUAAAUAAUAAAAGUUUCCCUAAUGACCAUUUAAGAAGUGAGAUUGCUAGACGUGCUAUAGCU